UCUGUCGCUUCCCCCUUCUUUUAUGUGCAGCCGACGCCCCGCUCCUCACCCAACCCGAUUCCUCCCUCCUCUCCCUCGCUCCGAUUUUUCCCCCCUAUAGAUCGACCGAUCUGUGCGGGGUUCUUCCUCUGAUGCGCUCGGCGGUCUCUCUGGAUCCGGCUUCGCUGUCUUUCUCGUCGAUUGGCUAUAUUUCGUUGCUGUUGGUUGUGGUGAUCGGGUUCGGCUCCUCGGAGUUGCUCCUCCUCCUUUCUCAGCACGCAUGGCGGCGCUCGUCAACCGCAGAGGCAACGAUGAUAUAUGCCCUGGUGGCCCUCUCUUCUCGAACCUCGUGGAUUCGAGCUUGCUUCUGUCUCUCACGCGUAACGUCGAUGUCUAUUGCCCUCCUCGUAAGAGGCCCAGGGUCACUGCUCCGCUCAUCUUUCGAGCAGGAGAGAAAAUCGCGGAUGAGAAGCUGCAGCGUUCGAUCGACACUCUUCCUGAAGAGUGCCUCUUUGAGAUCCUCAGGCGGUUGCCAGGAGAUAAAGAGAGGAGCAACUCCGCUUGCGUGUCUAAGCGCUGGCUUAUGCUUCUGAGCAGCAUCCGUUCUUCUGAGUUAGCUCAGAAGAAGCCUAGUGUCGAAUCUGUGAAGAAACCUGUGCCGGAUCUGAAUAAGGAUUGUGCUCUGGAUGAGCAUGAAAGUGAGAACAAUGGUUAUCUCACCAGGCGCUUGGAUGCAGAGGAAGCUACCGAUAUUAGACUUGCUUCUAUUGCCCUUGGUACCUACAGCCGAGGUGGGCUGGGCAAGCUUUUCAUUCGAGGAAGUAAUUCCACUCGGCUCACUGAUGUGGGGCUCUCUGCAAUUGCUCAUGCUUGUCCUUCCCUUCAUGUUCUAUCCAUGUGGAAGGUACCAUUAAUCACUGAUGCUGGCCUGUCGGAGAUUGCCGAUGGAUGCCCACUGUUGGAAAGGCUUGACCUUUGCCGGUGUCCGCUGAUCUCGGACAAGGGCCUCAUGGCUGUUGCUCAGAAGUGCCCCAACUUGAUGUCUUUGACAAUCGACUCAUGCUCAAGCAUCGGUAAUGAAGGUCUUCAGGUUAUUGGUCGUUGCUGUCCAAAAUUAAAGUCUGUUUCCAUCAAGGACUGCCUGCAUGUUGGUGACAGAGGAAUUGCAAGCUUGGUCUCUUCUGCAUCUUCUUCCUUGGAAAGGCUAAAACUUCACACCUUGAACAUCAGUGACAUUUCUCUUGCUGUUAUUGGUAAUUAUGGAAAGAAUGUUAUUGAGCUAUCCCUCACUGGGUUGCAGAAUGUUGGCGAAAAGGGAUUUUGGGUUAUGGGAAACACUCUUGGCUUGCAGAAGUUGAGGUCCAUAACUAUUACUUGUUGCGGCAAGCUGACUGAUAGAGGCUUGGAAGCUAUUGCAAAGGGUUCCCCUUUCCUGAAGCAUCUCUCUGUUCACAAGUGUUACUACCUUUCUGAUGAUGGUUUGAAAGCUUUUGCUGAAACAGCGAGGGCACUUGAGAGUUUGCACCUUGAAGAUUGUAACCGGAUUACUCUUAUGGGUGUCACUGCUCUUUUGGCAUGCAAUUCAGAGUUAAAGUCACUAGCUUUGGUGCGAUGCCUCGGCCUCAAAGAUUUAGCUUUUUCCCCAACCCGGCUGCCAUCAUGUGUGUCACUUACGUCCCUGACCAUCCGAGACUGUCCAGGUGUCACGGGUGCUAGCUUGCAAGUGGUGGGGAGGAUCUGCUCCCAGUUACAGAAAAUAGACUUGAGUGGACAAGCCGGAGUCACUGAUGCUUCGCUCAUCCAAUUGAUUGGGAGUUCUGAGGUGGGCUUUGUGGAGGUCAAUUUAUGUGGUUGUGUUGAUCUGACAGAUGACUUGGUUACCUUGCUGGUUAAGGCACAUGGAAGUACACUGAAGAUGCUUAAUCUUAAUGGUUGUAAGAAGAUUACUGAUAGAAGCCUCCUAGCUGUUGCAGACAGCUGCUCCAUGCUUGAUGACCUGGAUUUGUCAUGUUGCUCAGUAAGUGAUUACGGUGUGGCAGUCCUGGCAUCAGCAAGGCAGCUUAAUCUCCAUGUCCUUUCACUUUCAAGUUGCUCAAAGGUCACUCAGAAGAUUGUGCCAUUCUUGGGAAACCUGGGGAAGUCUAUGGUGGGACUGAAUCUUCAGAACUGCAGCUUGAUCAGCACCCAUGGGAUUGUUUUGCUCGAGGAGAAGCUAUGGUGGUGUGAUAUCAUAUCCUAGAUGAACACCAGGGUAAAAGUUGGUACAGGGAUAUUUCUUGAGAGUCUAUUUAUCAAGCUUUCAUGAGCUCCGAAAGCAGAAACACGUCGUGAACAGCAGCAGUCUGUUUCUGUUUGUUUUUGGCUCAUAUCCUCUGGUCAUGGACCUGUGGCUGAUUUCAUUUUUGCAGAUGUUCUUCAAAAGAGAACUCUGUUUUUGGGUGUUUGGCAGUCAUCGACUGGCUGGAUUUCCUCUAUUUUGGCUUCAAGUCUUGGAGGUCACAACCAUAUCUGGUAUGGGUUUAAGUUAUUCACUCAUGGGUGUAGUCAUCGGUUGUGGUAGAUGUUUUCCAUAUGAUCCUGGUUAGGUUUUAAUUACCAGGGAACCCUCAUGCAGUGCGUCUCUGGUGUUUUAGCCAAGUCAUAUUGGCAAUAUUUGUGGGCUGAACUUGAGUCCAGAAGUUUCAGGCUGGUCACUUCUUUCCGUCGUUCCACUCUGGGUUUUAUGCUUUCUGAGUCAUUGGAGUCUGUUGUCUGCUUUAUUGUCUUGUUUGGUUGCUUUUGCACAGUUAUUAUCGGAUGCUUGCGACUAACAGGAUUUGGCUAUGGCUGCAUAUAGUUGGAGCAUGCCAUGACAACCUUGAUUGGUUGUUUUUUCACCAAAUCCCCACUUUUGCAAGCUGAUGGAGGACUGAGAUCUUUGCGACCUUUCUAUAAUGAAUAAACUUGUUUUAUGGAUACGUGAUCCCAUUUGGUGUUCUUGGCAUACUAGUUGAUCUAUGUUUGUGAUUCUUGGUUCUUCUGUAACAAAAGACUGGUCAUGAGGAGUAUGAUGCUCUGCCUCUGGUUGGCUACAUACAUAUGUGGUGAUCAAAAUCUGUAACAUCUUUACCUACGGUGGAUGCUUCUUUUUGGGUUUUUCUGUGGUGAUGGAAGAGGAGGAUCCACCAGUGUCUAUUCCUGUAUGAAUGAUGGCUCUGUUUUGUGUGGCCACAGAUAUCACGACGUCUCCGGUUGUAUUCCUCAAUGAACCAAAGGUAACAGUCGAUACCAUUGUUCUUUUCAUUU